AUGAGUGUUGUGGAACCAAAGAAAGCAGAAAUCGUCUUGAAAAAUCAUUUAAAAAGACAUGAAUUAUUGUCCGACGAUUCACAGGUUUGCUGGACCGUCGGUUAUUCAUCUUUCGAAGGCCGUGGACUAUUUGCAACUCGUGAUAUAGAGGCAGGAGAGUUAAUAUUUGUGGACAAUGCUCUUUUACUAUCACCACGAAACUCCGAAAAGUAUUUGCCAUUAUGCGUAUCUUGUUACAAAAACGAAUGUCCUCUUUUUCCUUGCGAUCGUGGAUGCGGUCUUCCUAUAUGUUCUCAAAUAUGCGAGGAUUCAAAGAAACAUAUGGAUCACGAGUGUGAAUAUUUGAGAAAAUUAGAGCCAACUUGCGGUACGACUUGGUCUAUGGAUUUAUUACGUGCACUUUUGGCAGUAAGAGCAAUUUCGCUUGACGAUGAGCAACGCGAUGUCUUGGCUAUAUUCCAAUGUCAUCAAAACUUGAAUAAUGAUUGUGAGGUCACGUUACUUCGGAGUAACGUAAAAAAUGCUCCAAAAGUCAAAGAAAUUGAUUUCAUGAUGAUGGUCAGUGGAAUUUUUAAUACAAAUUCAUUCGAAACGAUUGUCGUACAAGAUAAAGAUCAUUAUACGAGUUUGCGCGGCCUUUAUCCUAUGGGAGCGUUGCUAAAUCAUGCUUGCGUACCUAACACAAGGCACCAUUACGAUUCGCAGCAACAGCUUUAUGUUAUAGCUGUCCGUCCGAUUUCCGCAGGGGAAGAAAUUACAAUGACUUAUAUUGAUCUCUUUUGGGAUACCAUUUUAAGAAGACAAGUUUUAAACAUUACAAAGAAUUUCUUUUGUAGAUGUAGUAGAUGUAGCGAUCCUACGGAACAUGGAUCAUUACUAAAUGCACUAUACUGUGCAGGCGACUAUUGUUCUGGUAUUUUAUUACCUUGUGAUCCUCUUAACAACGAAUCCGCUUGGAUGUGUAACAGAUGCCGAACUAUUAUUAAAUCAAGACAAAUUCAUUCGAUACGUUCUGGUUUAUCAUCUAUACUAAAAGAAAAUAUAGCGAAACAUCCGCGAGAAAUAUUAAAAUUUUUACAGAAAGAACUUUCGAUCUUAAUUCCACCAUCCAAUUAUCUAAUGGCAGAUAUAAAGUAUAGUAUUAUUUCUUAUUUCGGUAAAACUGAAGAUCUGUUAUGGGAAGAUUUAACAGAUGCUGAACUAGCUAUUAAAUCUUCCUUCUGCACAGACUUGUUAUCAAUUUUAAAUAUCUUGGGCUGUGGACAAUGUAGAAAAAGAGGCUUACUUCUCUAUGAAUUGUACUGUACCACCAAAGAACAACUACGACGCUUUCAAGGAAGAAACGAUUUUAAAGAAGAAAGGUUGAUGCUUUUUAAAACGAUGAACGUCGAAGAUAAUGAAUCGCUCUUAAACGAAGUUAUUAAUAUUUUUCAAAACGAUGUUGUAGCAACAACUUUCUUAAACGAUAACUGAUGAUGUUUACAUAUCAAAGUAUGUAUUACUUCAAACAAUUCUAUAAUCCACGAUUCUUUUACUAGAGCAAUUCUACGUUUAGUAGCAGACUAUGUUCUAACUGAAACAUAGGAAAGACACAUUAUUUGUUAUCUUAUUAUAUGUUAUUAAAUUAAAUAGGAAAAUAUAUUACUUCAAUUCUUUGAUACACGAUAUAUCAACGAUCUUAUUAUUACAUGGAAUUAAAUAAAUGGUAAAGGAAUUUUUCAUAUUCAUAAAAUUCUGUAUACAUGUGUGAUAUUAAUAUAUUCAAUCAGGCCUUGUUAUA